UUAAGUUCAGAGUUUUGACUUUCACAGUGACCUGACUGUGUUUGUGUUAGCAUGUUAGCUCACCUGUGUGCAUCAGAGGGAGCAGACGGCUCACCUGGACACACCUUGGCAGGUGAGAAGUGAGUGGCGAGCCAUGGACCAAUUACUGUCAAGUGGACGUGGCCAUGUGAGCAUGCUCAGUUGUUUCCCGCCUUCGGUGGGCAGAGAUGUUGCUGUUGCAGUGGUGAAGCCCCUGAGAGCUGGCCUGGGAAACCCCGACACCCGCAGCCUGCUGCGCACAGACGGACAGGUAAAGUGGACGAUGGAGGUGCUGUGUUACGGUUUGACUCUCCCAUUGGACGGAGACACUGUCAAACUCUGCGUGGAUGUCUACACUGAUUGGCUGAUGGCCCUUGUGUCGCCCAAAGAAUCCAUCCCACCACCAAUCAGCAGGGAGCCCAACCUGUAUGUCCAGAAGAUCCUGCGACACCUGUGUAGCCUUUUCAUGCCCAGGUCAGAGCCAGUAGGGCCCGUCUACCUUUCUCUUUGUCAGCAGGUGUUGUGUGCAGUUCAGUCAUUGGCCAGAGAGAGCGCUGUGAUGAGCAGAGACACCUGGGAGACUCUGCUGCACUUCCUCCUUCGCAUUAACCACGGCAUGCUGGCUCCACCCAUCACUACAGGUGGUGUGUCAGAGCAGCUGUCUGACCUGUCUAUGGCGGUGCUGUUUGACGUCUGGUUGCUGUCUUGCUCUCGGUGUUUUCCGUCUCGCUCUCUGUGGCUGACGGGCAGACAGAUGUUGAGCAGCUGGAGACACCAGCCUGCAGUGGUGGAGCAGUGGAGCCGAGUGGUCUCCGCCCUGACCUCCAGGUUGCUGCUGCUGACCUUCGGUCCGUCCUUCCCUCACUUUAAGGUCCCGGAUGAAGAUGCUGCUCUGAUCCCUGCAGACUUGGACGACGAACGAGUCUCUCACACCUGGUUCAGGUUCCUGCACCUGCUCAGUAACCCAGUGGACAUCAGUCGCCAUGUGGUCGUUGGUUCGACUCCCUCACUGCAGGAUGAGACGUUAAGAAGAGACAGCAGGCUGCCAAACAUCUUCUUCAGAGCCAUGAGAGGAGUCAGCACGCUGGUCGACGCCUUCCUCGGUGUGACUGUGAUCAGCAAAGAGCCAACAGAGCAGCUGCUGCCACACACUGGACCAACAACAAGGAUGCAGUUCAGGGACCGUUUGCCUUCUCUCGGAGUUGCUGUGAACAGAAGCCCGUUCAGAGACCGCCUCCCGCCUUACGGUAUCUCUCGACCUCGUUCUGGCAGUGCCCCUCCCACACCAGUGAAUAUACUGAGCAUGCCCAGUGCCCCUCCGCCCUCCACUUCCCCUCCUAUGCACAACAGACGACCAAAGCCUGCAAAUUUGUCCAAGACAACCAGCAAACUUCCUGCGACAUCUUCCUUCCCUCAUCAGUGGAGAUCCCCCUCCCAUCCUCUUCCUUCCUCUCCACUUCUGUGCUCCUCCCCACGACCCUCCCCCUCCCCCCUCAGGUGCAACGUGGACUCUCUCCUCCACCUGUUUGGCAGCUGGCUGUUUGAUGCUGCUCUGAUCAACAGAGACGCUGGUAUCCCCUGUCAGUACUCGGCAUUACUACACCUGCUACACACAUACACUACACAUUGUACACAUAGUAUGUGUACAAUGUGUACAAUGUGUGUAAACAUGGUAAACUUUGUGUCUUUUCCAGUCGGUCACUGUGAUGUCACUGUGAGGUCAGCCAGGUGGGCAGCUGGUCGAGCUGAGGCCUCUGGGGCGCUCUGCAGGAUCUUCACCUGCAAGAAAACUGCAGAAGACAUUCUCAAUGUCUACCUGUCCAGGUUCUACCUGGUCCUCCUGCAGGGUCUUCAGGUGUCAGAAGGGGGGUGUCCUCCUGUUCUGGCCUCCAUCCUGCUGAACUCCACCUGUCUGUUCUGCUGUGACCUGAGAGGAGUGAACUUGCUGCUCCCCUCCUUUAUUUCAGCUGUGGAGAAUGUUCUACUUGACAGAGAGCUGUUGAGGUUCAAGAAGUUUGUGAGUCUGGUGGAUUUGAGGCGAGCUGCCAUCCUUAUUCUGCUGUCCCUGCUGCCCCUCCCUCUGCAGUUCCCCUCUGUCCAAUCAGAGGUGUUAUUAGACGGGCAGUUCAGUGGCGAUGAUGUCACAGCAGGUAGCUUCCUGUCUCUGAAAGCCCGUCUCAUCAGCGUCCUGGUUGGAGCCCUGCGGACAGAGACGGACGCCUCCAACACACAGAUCAUACUGGGGGCCAUGCUGAACCUGGUUCAGGACUUGGCUCUGUUAGAGGCUGCAGGACAAACCCAGCAGGAAACUGAGUCCCACCACCUCAGAGCCGGUAGACACGGCUGGACGGGGGGGCCCGGUGGAACCAGAUGGACCAGAGGAACCACCAUCCAGGCAGACACAGCGGGGAUCCUGUGGGUUCAGUUUGUUCGGCUGCUGACACAUGGUCUUAUGUCUCAGUGGAGGAAUGACUCAGCAGUUUGUCUGUCCGCACUGGAAGUACUGAGCGGACUGGCCAAGGUGGAGGUGAGCGUGGAGGAGAGUGAGAGGAGGCGAGUGCUCACUUCAGUGUGCAGUUACAUUGUGUUUCAGUGCAGUCGUCCUCCUCCCCUUCACUCCAGAGAUGUGCACUCCAUCAUCGUGGCUGCUUUCUACUGUCUGAACGUCUGGUUGACCCAACACCCCACCAUGCUCGACGACCAGGAGUGUUUGUCUGAGGUCCUGGAGAUCGUGGAGUUGGGGAUUUCAGGCAGUAAGUCCCGACAGGAACAGGAAGUGAUAUGCAAAGAAGAGAAAGAACUGAACCCAGCCUCUCUUAGGGUGAAGGAGGCAGCUGAGGCCACGCUGAGCUGUGUCAUGCAGGUUUCAGGGACCUUCCCAUUCCUCAGAGGCCUACAGGAUGAAGACGCUCUGAUGAAGUUCUACGGUCUGAAGGACAGUAGCGUGAAGAAGUUCAGAUAUUUUGUGGUGGACAGCUCUGUGAUUAUGGCCAUGCUGGAACAACCACAAGGGCCUGUUGAGGCGACGUGCCCGUCACUCACAGCGCUGAUCAGAGGACCGUCAGGAUGUCACACCUGGACUCUCCAUCUCCACCUGCAGCCCAGAGAGGGACGAACACCCACACGGCAAACCAGGAUCCCAAAACACUGCGGUGCAGCCCAGGAGGAUGCUGGGACUCGAUGUGGUGUCAAAUAUCAGCUGUUUCCUGAAAACUUGGACAAAGUGCCUUUAGUUAAAGCGGAUCUGAGUAUUCCAGCUCUGUAUGAGACGCUUACAAAAGAGACGCAGCAGGAGCUGGAGCAUUUGCAAGCAGUUUUUAAGAGGCAGCAACAGGUCGAGGCUCAGCCACAGGUAGGCGGACAGACGGCUGUCAUGAUGACCUGCAGGCCGCCACGCCCUGUCACCAGCAUCCUGACGGCGAGACUCCUCCUGUCCCACCUGGGCCUGCUGACACCUGAGACGCUGAAGGAUCCAGGUACCAGCGGAGUCCGGGCUCAGCUGGCGUCUCUGGAUUCAUCCCUUCCAGGUUUCUCAGAGGAUCUGAGACGUUUGGACCAGCUACCAUCCAGACACUGUGACUCUGCCUUUGUCUUCUGCAUGAGAGCAGGACAGAGGACAGCUGCUGAGAUCCUGAGGAAUGUGGAGUCCAGCUGCAGCGUCCCGUCUCACUUCCUGGACUUCCUGUCGUCCCUUGGUCGGCCGGUGGAGGCAGGGCAGCGACAGGUGGGCGGAGUCACCAGCAAAAGUUCAGAAUUCCCUGCUGUGCUGGGUGACAGUGGAGGGGGCGUGUUUAAUGGAGAGAGGUUUGUCCUGAUGUACGCCGACGCUCUGACAGAGAUCACCUUCAUUGUCCCCUCAUCAUCACACACAGCUGAUUGGCUUAAGAGUCCAGGGGAGGCGGAGCCUCUGAAUGAGCCACCAUCCAACAUGCAGAGUCCCUCUGAUCUCAGCCAAGACUGCAACCCCAAACCAACAAUUUCUCCAGCUGAAGACACAAAGUCUCAUCGUUUUAUGUCGUCAUCCGUCCGCUCUGAAUCUAAACUCCUGAUAGUCUGGGUCGAACGCUUUGAGGAUAUCGAGAGUUUCCCUCUGCUGGAUCUGCUGUCACAGACGAAGACAGACACACCUGCGAGUGUGUCAAACUUCCAGCUCAUCUUCAUUCAUCCUCUGAAAUCUGGACUCUACCGGAUCUGUUGCCAUGGAAACACCACCAGCAAGUUCAGUUUGGUUGUCCCGUUGGUCAGCGGCAGUGUGGUCAGCAGGAGGUCUCUGGGCUACCUGGUUAGAGAGACGGUGAUCAACUUUUGCCAUCGGCGACAGUUGGAGAGUGACUCCUCCCCUUUGCCCCACGUCAGGAGGAAGCAUAUGAUCAGUGACAUCAUCCAUCGCUACCACAGCCGCUGCUCUGAGCCAACCUUCUACUCCGCCCUUUUCCAGGACCCCUGACAUCCACCUGCUGCACACCAACCGCCAGCUGCACCUUUAGCACGUGGACUGUGUUGUUUAUGAUGUCACGAUUCAACAGUUACUGCUGCGAUUAGGAGCAGACAGGUGUUACUGAGUUACCUGCAGGUCAAACAAACUGUGUGUGUGUGUGUGUGUGUAACCUGUGUGUCCUGUAAAAACCUCACACUCAUUAUCCAUUAGCUCAUUGGUCCUCUGGUGAUGAUGUCAUCACACGUUCCUCAUAACAAGCCAUCAUACAGUCAUGGAAAAAUUGUUAGACCACCCUUGUUUUCUUCAAUUUUCUUAUUUUAAUGCCUGGUACAACUAAAGGUAAAUAGCUCAUAAGAGUUUGAUUUCAGAGCUGUUAUCCAGCCAUUCUCCAUGGUUUUCUUGAUAAUAACCAAAAUCACUUCAAUAGCUAUGGCAUUGUGCAGCCAAAAACAGUGCUUUGAGGCAUUCCACGUUUUCUUUUCUGUCUGUUAGUCACGUGAUACUGUUAUGGCAAUUUCUUGUCUGCCUGUCACCUGCUAAAAAAGAAACAAGAAGACUGGAAGGGCAGCCUGCACCAACAUGUUUAAUCUCUAUAGAGAGGAGGCAGCACACAGAACCACACGGCAGUAAGCAGUUCAGAGGUUUGUCCCGCUGACUGAACACUUCAUCACAUUUUUGGUCCUUUGGUCCUUUUGUUUGGAGCUUCACAAACAUUCCUCUGCAGACUGAUGAAAAACAGUCGGGCACAAUAAAAAUCUGUGGUGAUCAAGAUGUCAUCCUGCCCUCUGCUUUACCCAGGAAGGUAUUUACGAUGGGGCAAUAGGAGGAGGUUCAGCAGGUCAUUGUUUGGUCACUAUAGCAGUACAUGACUAAGGCUACACACUACAUCGAGUAUAAAAUAAGAGUAUAACAUUAUUGCAUUGAUACUACAAAGCAUACAAAAUUUCCACCACAAUACACACAGGAGUUAGUACUUGAUUGGAUAACAUUGUUUUUGAUGACUGCAGCCAUGCGUCUUGGCCUGCUCGCCACCAGCUUGUGACAUUGUUCUGCUGUCUCUGCAGUUUUAGGGCUUGUGGUUCUCCAUUGUGAGUGAUGAUGUUCCACAGGUUUUCAACUGGAUUUAGAUCUGGUGAUUGGACCAAGACAUGGUUUGAAUGGUUCGAACGAGGCAGGAAAGAGUGGAUCAGCUGAUGGAAGAAGACUGUUUUCUGCCCUGUAUGUGACCUGGUUCAUUCCCCCAUACUGAAACAACCCCAGAUCAUCACCGAUCCACCCCAUGUUUUACUGUAGGAGCAAGACAGUCUGGUUUGUAGGCUUCUCCAGGCUUCCUCCUAACCAGUAAGUUGGCUGGAGUGGGCAUCAACUCAAAACUGGAUUCAUCUCUGAAGUGAACCUCAGCCCAAUCAUCAACAGUCCAGUCCUUGUGACCCUAGCGAAGAGUAACCGGGCCUUCCUCUGCCUUUCGUCGAUGAAGGGCUCCUUCCGCGCCCUGAGAGACUUCAGAUCAGCUUCAAGAAGUCGGUUUCGAACUGUCCUUGCUGAACAAGUCACAUUUCUCGACUGUGCCCACUCGUUUUUAAGGCCCCUGGAGGUCUGACCACGAUUCCUGACACAGGAACGGAUGAGUGCACGGUCUCGUGGGGUAGAAAAACGUUUCCUGCCUCGACCAGGUAGUAAUUUGGUAGUACCACGUUCAGGUUGCUUUUUCUUGGUGUAAUGAAUGGUUGUCUUGGAGAUCUGCAGUUUUUUGGCUACCUGUCUCUCACUCAUGACAAUUUCCAGCAGUGCCAAGAUGGCUGCCUUUGUGGCUUCACAUAAUUCUUUUGUUCUCGGCAUGAUGUGAGAGCCGACAACUUCUGACUUGUGCUACGGCUUGAAGCGUUAUGGAAUCAGCUGUAUUUUUUGUCGUGUUCAUCGUAUUCUUCAGGUAACGUACCUGAUGAUGGCACCAGGCACUAAAAUGAACAAGAAACUGAAGAAAACAAGGGUGGUCUAAUAAUUUUGUCCAUGACUGUACAUGAGUACCGUCGUUCAUACACUUGAAUGAGCCAAUCAAAACGUCAGAGCUCAACAAAAUGCUGCUUCCUCACCUCUUCUUCCUCACCUCCUCCCCCCGCACAGUAUCUGCUUAACUCCACCUGCCUCCCUUCCGGUUGUCACGGUUACCACCUUCAGAUUAUGCCGUUACCAUGGUGAUGAGCAUUGAUCUUUCUGCUGUCUCUUUCUCUUCGCUGGCCAUAUUAAUCACGUGAUCGGUGUUUUUCUACCCGUGAGUUUAAUCAAUUCCCGUCGGUGACGUCAUUCCGUUUCCUUUAUAUGCGGGAAGUCGAUGAGGAAAAAAAAAAGCCCCGCUGAUCAGCCAAUCUGCUGCCCGUCUGUCCCCAGUCUGUCCCACUCGUUCUGUCCUCACCUCCUGCUCCUCCUCCUCCUCCUCCUCCUCCUCUUCUUCUUCUUCCUCUCUCCGGCGUUUCUCCUGCGUCCUCCGCUCCUCUCCGCAGCAGCGAUGCUCCCGCCGGGCCUGG